CCCCCGAGGAGCCGGCCCGCGAGCGGGACGCCGACAAGAGCGCGGAGAAGGACAAGAGCCGAGAGCGGGACCGCGAGCGGGAGAAGGAGAACAAGCGCGAGUCCCGCAAAGAGAAGCGGAAGAAGGGGUCCGAGCCCCAGGGCAGCUCCGCCUUGUACCCCGCGGGCAGGGUUUCCAAAGAGAAGGCGGGCGCGGAGGAGGGGGCCGCGCCGUCCUCUGCCAAGAAGGUCACGGGGCGGAAGAAGUCUUCGUCCCUCGAUUCUGGGCCCGAGGUGGCUGCCGUGACCCUUGGGGACACAACCGCUGUCAAAACCAAAAUCCUGAUCAAGAAAGGGCGCGGGAGCCUGGACAAGGCCGCCCUGGACCUCGGCCCCGCCGCAGCGCUGGACAAGGAGAAGGCGCCCUGCCCGCCCGCGCCCGCGCCCGGCGUGAAGCAUGCCGCGUCCUCCAUCGGCUCCAUGCUGGCGCAGGCGGACAAGCUCCCCAUGACCGACAAGAGGGUCGCCAGCCUCCUCAAAAAGGCCAAGGCCCAGCUCUGCAAGAUCGAGAAGAGCAAGAGUCUUAAACAAACCGACCAGCCCAGAGCACAGGGUCAAGAAAGUGAUUCAUCAGAGACGUCUGUGCGAGGACCCCGGAUUAAACACGUCUGCAGAAGAGCUGCUGUUGCCCUUGGCCGGAAACGCGCUGUGUUUCCUGACGACAUGCCCACCCUGAGUGCCUUACCGUGGGAAGAACGAGAAAAGAUCUUGUCUUCCAUGGGGAAUGAUGACAAGUCCUCAAUCGCUGGCUCAGAAGAUGCCGAACCUCUGGCUCCGCCCAUCAAACCAAUCAAACCCGUCACCAGAAACAAGGCUCCCCAGGAGCCCCCUGUGAAGAAGGGCCGGCGCUCCAGGCGGUGUGGGCAGUGUCCCGGCUGCCAGGUGCCCGAGGACUGUGGCGUCUGUACUAACUGCUUGGACAAGCCCAAGUUCGGCGGCCGCAACAUAAAGAAGCAAUGCUGCAAGAUGAGAAAGUGUCAGAAUCUACAGUGGAUGCCUUCCAAAGCCUAUCUUCAGAAGCAAGCAAAAGAUAAUCAUGUUUUUCCCCUAGCUGUGAAAAAGAAAGAGAAAAAGUCCAAGACCAGUGAAAAGAAAGAGAGUAGUAAAGAGAACAGUGUUGUGAGGAGCGUAGUGGACGCCAGUCAGAAGCCCGCCCCCUCAGCACGCGAGGACCCUGUCCCCAAGAAGAGCACCAGUGAGCCUCCCCCGCGGAAGCACGUAGACGAGAAGAGCGAGGACGGGUCCGCCUCUGCUCCGGGGCCUGAGCCCAAACAAGCUACCACUCCCGCCUCCAGGAAGUCCAGCAAGCAGGCCUCCCAGCCAGCGCCAGCGCCCCCCCCACCGCCACCCAGCACAGCGCCGCCCAGGAAAGACGCCCCCAAGGCAGCUCCCAGCGAGCCCAAGAAGAAGCAGCCCCCACCGCCGGACUUAGGUCCAGAGCAAAGCAAGCAGAAAAAAGUGGCUCCUCGCCCAAGUAUUCCUGUAAAACAAAAACCAAAAGAAAAGGAAAAACCACCUCCCGUCAGCAAGCAGGAGAGCGCAGGCACUUUGAACAUCCUCAGCGCUCUCUCCAACAGCAGCAGCUCUAAGCAGAAGGUCCCAGCAGAUGGAGUCCACAGGAUCAGAGUGGACUUCAAGGAGGACUGUGAAGCCGAGACCGUGUGGGAGAUGGGCGGCUUGGGCAUCCUGACCUCUCUCCCCAUCACGCCCAGGGUGGUGUGCUUCCUCUGUGCCAGCAGCGGGCACGUGGAGUUUGUGUAUUGCCAAGUCUGCUGUGAGCCCUUCCAUAGGUUUUGUUUAGAGGAGAACGAGCGCCCCCUGGAGGACCAGCUGGAAAACUGGUGUUGCCGCCGCUGCAAGUUCUGUCACGUGUGUGGACGGCAGCAUCAAGCCACAAAGCAGCUGCUGGAAUGUAAUAAGUGCCGAAACAGCUAUCACCCUGAGUGCCUAGGACCUAACUACCCCACCAAACCUACGAAGAAAAAGAAAGUCUGGAUCUGCACCAAGUGUGUGCGCUGCAAGAGCUGCGGAUCUACCACCCCAGGCAAAGGCUGGGAUGCACAGUGGUCCCACGACUUCUCACUGUGCCACGACUGUGCCAAACUCUUUGCUAAAGGAAACUUCUGCCCGCUCUGCGAUAAGUGUUACGACGAUGACGACUAUGAGAGCAAGAUGAUGCAGUGUGGGAAAUGUGAUCGCUGGGUCCACUCCAAAUGUGAGAACCUUUCAGGUACAGAAGAUGAGAUGUAUGAGAUUCUGUCUAGCCUGCCAGAAAGCGUGGCCUACACGUGUGUGAACUGUACCGUGCGGCACCCUGCGGAGUGGCGGCUGGCCCUCGAAAAGGCGCUGCAGAGCUCCCUGAAGCAGGUGCUGACGGCCUUGUUGAACUCUCGGACCACCAGCCAUUUGUUACGCUACCGACAGGCUGCCAAGCCUCCAGACUUAAACCCCGAGACAGAGGAGAGCCUACCUUCCCGCAGCUCCCCGGAGGGCCCGGACCCGCCUGUGCUCACGGAGGUCAGCAAGCAGGAGGACCAGCAGCCUUUAGAUCUGGAAGGGGUCAGGAGGAAGAUGGACCAAGGGAGCUACACGUCUGUGUUGGAGUUCAGUGAUGAUAUCGUGAAGAUCAUCCAAGCAGCCAUUAAUUCAGACGGAGGGCAGCCGGAGAUCAAAAAAGCCAACAGCAUGGUCAAGUCCUUCUUCAUUCGGCAAAUGGAACGUGUUUUUCCAUGGUUCAGUGUCAAAAAGUCCAGGUUUUGGGAACCAAAUAAAGUAUCAAGCAACAGCGGGAUGCUACCCAACGCAGUGCUUCCGCCUUCACUUGACCAUAAUUAUGCUCAGUGGCAGGAGCGAGAGGACAGCGGCCGCACUGAGCAGCCUCCUUUAACGAAGAAAAUCAUUCCGGCUCCCAAACCGAAAGGGCCUGGAGAACCGGACUCGCCCACUCCCCUGCACCCUCCCACGCCGCCGGCUUUGAGUACUGAUAGGAGUCGAGAAGAUAGUCCAGAACUGAACCCACCCCCAGGCAUAGAAGAUAACAGACAGUGUGCGUUGUGUUUGACUUACGGUGAUGACAGUGCUAAUGAUGCUGGCCGCUUGCUGUACAUUGGCCAGAAUGAGUGGACACAUGUGAACUGCGCUCUGUGGUCGGCAGAAGUGUUUGAAGACGACGACGGGUCACUGAAGAACGUGCACAUGGCUGUGAUCCGGGGCAAGCAGCUGCGAUGCGAAUUCUGCCAAAAGCCGGGGGCCACUGUGGGCUGCUGCCUCACCUCCUGCACCAGCAACUACCACUUCAUGUGCUCCCGGGCCAAGAACUGCGUCUUUCUGGACGAUAAGAAGGUGUACUGCCAGCGGCACCGCGAUACGAUCAAAGGCGAGGUGGUUCCCGAGAAUGGAUUUGAAGUCUUCAGAAGAGUGUUUGUGGACUUUGAAGGAAUCAGCUUGAGGAGGAAGUUCCUUAGUGGCUUGGAACCAGAAAACAUUCACAUGAUGAUUGGCUCUAUGACAAUCGACUGCUUGGGAAUUCUCAAUGAUCUGUCUGACUGUGAGGACAAGCUGUUUCCAAUUGGAUACCAGUGUUCCCGAGUGUACUGGAGCACCACGGACGCCCGCAAGCGCUGCGUGUACACGUGCAAGAUCGUGGAGUGCCGCCCGCCGGCCGUGGAGCCAGACAUCAACAGCACCGUCGAGCAUGAUGAAAACAGGACCAUUGCCCACAGUCCAACAUCUUUUGCAGAAAUGUCAUCUAAAGAAAGUCAAAACGCAGCUGAAAUUGUAAGUCCUUCAUCACCAGACCGACCUCCUCAUACGCAAACCUCUGGUUCCUGUUUUUAUCAUGUCAUCUCAAAGGUUCCUAGGAUUCGAACACCCAGUUAUUCUCCAACACAGAGGUCCCCUGGCUGUCGGCCACUGCCUUCUGCAGGAAACCCUACUCCAACCACUCACGAAAUCGUCACGGUGGGUGACCCUUUACUCUCCUCGGGGCUCCGAAGCAUCGGCUCCAGGCGGCACAGUACUCCUUCCUCAGCACCCCAGCAGUCGAGACUCCGGAUGAUGUCUCCAGUGAGAACGGGGAGCACUUACUCCAAGAACAGUGGCUCCUCCGUCUCCACCCCGGGGGCCACUGCGGACCUGGAGUCAAGUGCCAAAGCAGUGGAUCAUGUCUUAGGGUCACUGACUUCAAAUACCAACUUAAGGCAAAACACUCCCACCUCUUCCAGUUUGCAGAGGACAGUGGUGAUGAUGGCCACCAAAACCAGUCACGUGGAUGGCUCUUCAGCUUCAGAAAUGAAGCACCCCAGCGCUUCAGACCUGGCCUCCAGCAGCUCCUCUUUGAAAGGGGAGAAGACCAAGAUGCUGAGUUCCAAGAGUCCCGAGGGCUCUGCUCAUGAUGCGGCCCACCCCGGCCCCCCUAAGCCGGCUCCGCAGCGUCAUAGUCCACCAUCUGGCCAGCCAAAUGUUGGUAAAACGGGCACGUUCGUGGAAUUCUCUUCGGUGCCGUUUUCCUCCAGAGAGGCCCUCCCCCUCCCACCACUCCAUCCGAGAGGGCAGAGGAACGACUGGGACCCACAUCCAGACCCCACCCAGGCAGGGAGUUCCCCCGCCGAGGGCGACACGGACGCCAAAACCUCGAAGCUGUCAGGGGUGAGCCACCGAUCAUCUAUCAUCAACGAACAGGUCGGAUCUAGCUCCAGAGACAGGAGACAGAAAGGGAAAAAGUCUUGUAAAGAAACCUUCAAAGAAAAGCGCUCCAGUAAGUCCUUCCUGGAGCCUGGUCAGGUCGCCGCUGGUGAGGAAGGACAUCUAAAGGCGGAGUUUGCAGAUGAAGGUUUGACUCCUGAGUUUCCAGGGCAACGGCCAUGUAACAAUGUGUCUUCUGAUAAGAUUGGGGACAAAGUCCUUGCUGCUCCUGGAGUCCCCAAAGCUCCAUCAGUGCAAGGAGAAGGCCCUGCCACGGAAUUACAGACACCCCGAAAACGCACGGUCAAAGUCACACUGACACCCCUGAAGAUGGAAGGUGAGAGUCAGUCCAGAAAUGCCCUGAAGGAAAGCAGCCCCGCUUCCCCUCUGCACGUGGAGUCAGCCUCGCCGGCAGAGCCCGUGCCAGCCUCCGGGAGUCCAGGAGCUGGGCCAGGGGCCGAGCCACGCCCCAGCACCGCCUCCCAGGAGCCUCCGGGCAACAGCUACCAGACUCUUCCCGGCCAGGAGAGGAACCUCAUGCUUCCUGACGGCCCCAAACCCCAGGAGGACGGGUCUUUCAAAAGGAGGUACCCCCGUCGGAGCGCCCGGGCCCGCUCCAACAUGUUCUUCGGGCUCACCCCCCUCUACGGAGUCCGGUCCUACGGGGAAGAAGACCUUCCGUUCUACAGCAGCUCAACGGGGAAGAAACGAGGCAAGAGGUCAGCCGAAGGGCAGGUGGACGGGGCUGAUGACCUGAGCACUUCCGACGAGGACGACCUGUACUACUACAACUUCACCCGGACGGUGAUCGCGGCGGGCGCGGAGGAGCGGCUGGCGGCCCACAGCCUGUUUCGGGAGGAGGAGCAGUGUGAUCUCCCGAGAAUCUCACAGCUGGAUGGUGUUGACGACGGCACAGAGAGUGAUACCAGUGUCACGGCCACCACCAGGAAGACCGGCCAGAUUCCAAAAAGAAACGGGAAAGAGAAUGGGACAGAGAGCCUCAAGCUGGACCGGCCCGAAGACGGGGAGAAGGAACAUGUCAUCAAGAGUUCUGUGGGCCACAAAAGCGAGCCCAAGGCGGAGAACUGCCACUCGGUGAGCCGAGGGAAGGCCCAGGGGCAGGACUCCCUGGAGGCUCAGCUCAGCUCCUUGGAGUCCAGCCGCAGGGUCCACCCCAGCGCCCCCUCGGACAAGGCCUUGCUGGACACCUACAACCCCGAGCUCCUGAAGUCGGACUCCGACAACAACAACAGCGACGACUGCGGGAACAUCCUGCCCUCGGACAUCAUGGACUUCGUCCUGAAGAACACGCCCUCCAUGCAGGCCUUGGGGGAGAGCCCGGAGUCCUCGUCCUCGGAGCUCCUGAACCUGGGCGAGGGCCUGGGCCUCGACAGCAACCGUGAGAAGGACAUGGGUCUGUUCGAAGUGUUUUCUCAGCAGCUGCCGACCGCGGAGCCUGUGGACAGCAGCGUCUCUUCGUCCAUCUCGGCCGAAGAGCAGUUCGAGCUGCCGCUGGAGCUGCCGUCCGACCUCUCGGUGCUGACCACGCGGAGCCCCACGGUCCCCGGCCAGAACCCCGGCAGGCUGGCCGUCAUCGCCGACGCAGCGGAGAAGAGAGUCGCCAUCCCGGAGAAGCCCGUGGCCGCCUCCGAGGAUGACCCGGCGCUGCUGAGCCCGGGAGUCGAACCCGCGCCCGAAGGCCACAUGACUCCCGACCGAUUCAUCCAGGGACACAUGGACGCCGACCUCGCCAGCCCCCCGUGCGGCGCAGUGGAGCAGAGCCGUGGCAGCAGUCAGGAUUUAACUCGGAGCAGCGGCACCCCUGGCCUCCAGGUACCGGCUUCCCCCUCUGUGCCCAUCCAGAACCAGAAAUACGGGCCCAGUUCCGCCGGGAGCCCCGGCCCAUCUCAGAUCUCGAAUGCGGCCGUGCAGACCACGCCUCCCCACCUGAAGCCGCCCACCGAGAAGCUCAUUGUCGUUAACCAGAACAUGCAGCCGCUUUACGUGCUCCAGACGCUGCCCAACGGCGUGACCCAGAAAAUCCAGCUGACCUCUUCCGUUAGUCCCGCACCUGGCGUGAUGGAGGCAAACCCUUCCGUGCUGGGGCCCAUGGGCGGUGGCCUCGCGCUGACCACGGGGCUAACCCCAGGCUUGCAGGCACCUCAGCCUCUUUUCCCUCCCGCUGGCAAAGGCUUGCUGCCCGUGCCUCACCACCAGCACUUACACCCCUUCCCCACAGCCGCUCAGGGCAGUUUCCCGCCCACCAUCAGCAGUUCUCCUCCAGGCCUGCUCAUUGGGGUGCAGCCUCCUCCAGAUCCCCAACUUCUGGUGUCUGAAGCCAGCCAGAGGACAGACCUCAGCACCACGGUAGUCACUCCGUCCUCUGGACUCAAGAAAAGACCCAUAUCUCGCCUGCAGACCCGAAAGAAUAAGAAGCUUGCUCCCUCUAGCGCCCCUUCAAACAUUGCCCCCUCCGAUGUGGUUUCUAACAUGACACUGAUUAACUUCACACCCUCCCAGCUUCCAAAUCACCCCAACCUGUUAGAUUUGGGGUCACUUAACACGUCAUCUCACCGGACUGUUCCCAACAUCAUAAAAAGGUCUAAGUCCGGCGUCAUGUAUUUUGAACAGGCACCCCUGUUACCACAGACGGUGGGCGGACCUGCCACAGCGACGGGCACGUCGACCGGGAGCCAGGACACUGGCCACCUCGCUUCGGGGCCCGUGGCCGGCUUGGCAUCCGGUUCCUCGGUCUUGAAUGUCGUAUCCAUGCAAACGACAACAGCCCCUACGAGUAGUGCGUCGGUUCCGGGACAUGUUGCGUUGACCAACCCGCGGUUGCUGGGUGCCCCAGACGCUGGCCCCAUAAGCAACCUGUUGAUUAAAACCAGCCAGCAGGGCCUGGGGAUCCAGGACCAGGCCGGGGCUCUGCCGCCCAGCUCGGGAGUAUUUCCCCAGCUGGGGUCGCUGCAGACCCCCUCUACCACGGCGAUGACGGCUGCAUCCGGCGUCUGCGUCCUCCCCUCGACUCAGACAGGGGUCCUAGCGGCCGCCUCCCCCUCCAGAGACGCUGAAGAUCACUAUCAGCUUCAGCAUGUGAGCCAGCUCCUGGCCAGCAAAGCGGGAAUUCUCCCUUCCCAGCGGGAUCCUGAAGCUGCUCCAGGGACCCAGGGGCCGGGCUUGGCGCAAACAGCAGACGCUCCUAACAGCCUGGGGCUGGAGCCAAAGAGGGCGGCCUCCUCUGCCGGACAGGCCCGUGCGGCCUCCCCUGCGGGCUCUCCCUCCGGACCCCAGUCCGCAAGCCCCUCCGUGCCAGGCGCUCACCCCAAACCAAAAAGCAAGCGCAUCCAGCUGCCUUUGGACAAAGGGAAUGGCAAGAAGCACAAGGUUUCUCACCUGCGGACCAGCUCCUCGGAAGCACACGUUCCAGACCAGGAGGCCCCCACGUCCUGCCUGACCUCGUCCACAGGGGCCCCCGCAGCAGAGGCCGAGCAGCAGGACACGGCUGAUGGGGAGCCGGCGGCACAGGAGUGUGGGCAGCCCCCGGGGCAAAUGGCUGUUCUUCCUGAGGUUCAGACAACACAAAAUCCAGCAAAUGAACAAGAAAGCACAGACCCGAAGGCGGCGGAGGAGGAGGACGGAGGCUUCAGCUCGCCACUCAUGCUCUGGCUGCAGCAGGAACAGAAGCGCAAGGAAAGCAUCACCGAGAAAAAGCCCAAGAAAGGCCUGGUGUUUGAAAUUUCCAGUGACGACGGCUUCCAGAUCUGUGCGGAGAGCAUUGAAGAUGCCUGGAAGUCGCUGACAGACAAAGUCCAGGAAGCGCGGUCCAAUGCCCGGCUAAAGCAGCUGUCGUUUGCAGGUGUGAAUGGCUUGCGGAUGCUGGGGAUUCUGCACGACGCGGUCGUGUUCCUGACCGAGCAGCUGUCGGGCGCCAAGCACUGUAGGAAUUACAAGUUCCGCUUCCACAAACCGGAGGAGGCCAAUGAGCCGCCCCUGAACCCUCACGGCUCAGCCCGGGCCGAGGUGCACCUGAGGAAGUCGGCGUUUGACAUGUUUAACUUCCUGGCUUCCAAGCACCGGCAGCCGCCUGAGUACAACCCCAACGACGAGGAGGAGGAGGAGGUGCAGCUGAAGUCGGCCCGGAGGGCGACUAGCAUGGACCUGCCCAUGCCCAUGCGCUUCCGGCACUUGAAGAAGACGUCUAAAGAGGCUGUUGGUGUCUAUAGGUCUCCCAUCCAUGGCCGGGGUCUCUUUUGUAAGAGAAACAUCGAUGCGGGUGAGAUGGUGAUUGAGUACGCCGGCAAUGUCAUCCGCUCCAUCCAGACUGACAAGAGAGAGAAGUACUAUGACAGCAAGGGCAUCGGCUGCUACAUGUUCCGCAUCGAUGACUCGGAGGUGGUGGACGCCACCAUGCAUGGCAACGCCGCCCGCUUCAUCAACCACUCGUGCGAGCCCAACUGCUACUCCCGGGUCAUCAACAUCGACGGGCAGAAGCACAUCGUUAUCUUUGCGAUGCGCAAGAUCUACCGCGGGGAGGAGCUCACCUACGACUACAAGUUUCCCAUCGAGGAUGCCAGCAACAAGCUCCCCUGCAACUGCGGCGCCAAGAAAUGCCGGAAGUUCCUCAACUGAAGCUGCUCCCCUCCCCAGUGCCGGGACCGGGGCCUCCCAGGUGGCGGAGCCCUGUGUUCCGUAUUCACAUUAGACAUGUGACCACAGUCCUGGGGGCAGAGGAGGUUUCGGAGAAGAUCCGGGACCUGCCUUCUGCUGGGGCCCCCUGGUUGUGUGCUGUUCAGAAAUGGGGAGAGGGGUGCCUAGUAGACUUGCCUGGAAGGAGCUCUGGGUUUGUUGCGUUGGGAGAAGUGGCCGUCCUCUGUGGCCCUUUCCCACGCCCUGCAGCCAGGGGCCAGGCAGAGCCCUGGGUGGGGGUGGUUUGGUCCCUGACCGCUUGCCGGCGGGCCCAGCUGGAGCCGUUGGGGAACAAACAGGAGGCGGGUGGUUCCCCUGCCUUCCCAGGGAGCACUCACUCUGGUUGGGAAAGGGAUUCUCAGCCCCUGUGGUGGUGAAGGCUGUCGGGGUUGUGCCAAUUAAUUACCAAACACCGAGCCUGUGGCUGUAAGUGGGAGUCCGUCCCCAUGAGCCUUAUCGCAGCCAGUUUCCUUCCCUGACCGCAGAGCGGCUUCCUCCUCACUCCUCUUCACUCCACUUCCCCGUUUUCCCUGCUCGGCCUCCACUGCUUUCCCAUUCUCUCCGGGUGGAGGAGACCGUGACUCCUGCUCAAGGACACUCCCUGUGGGCAUACUGUGCGCCUCCAAACGUCCCGAGCCUGGAGGCACUCCCAGUGGGAGGUGGACAGGAGGCCUUGGCCAGAACCAGACAGAAUGAGGCGUUUUCUCAAAACUCUGCUGAGAGUUUUAGAGAAACGUCCGGAGCCUGAUAUGUGAGACGAGGGAAAGGUUGUUUCAAUAGUUGAGUCAUGCAGCAGCCAGAGCCUCUGGCCAGGGUGCCUCUGGGCCCCAUCCCUAGGCCACGGUGACCAUUUUCCCUUUGUGACGACAUAGGAAGACUUGAUCUUUAAAGGGCCCAUGUCCAGUUGAAGGCACAACACUAAUCAGAUUUCAAGGCCCAAACCUUGGGGACUGAGCACCUUGCAUUGAGGGGACUGCCACCUAUGCAAACUCCACGGCUAAGUGAGUUCAUGACACUACUGCCCUGCGCCCUCCGAUGUGGCCACCCGCACCCUCCGCUUCCUCCCUCCCCGAGACCGUGUCCCGACCUAUUAAAUUAAGUCAUCAGAUUUUACUCUGUUCUGUUUACAGUUUACUAUUUAAGGUUUUAUAAAUGUAAAUAUAUUUUGUAUAUUUUUCUAUGAGAAGCACUUCAUAGGGAGAAGCACUUAUGACAAGGCUAUUUUUUAAACCGCGGUAUUAUCCUAAUUUAAAAGAUCGGUUUUAAAUAAGUUUUUAUUUUCAUAGGAUGAAGUUAAAGAAACUAUUCAGCUGUACAUGCAAAGUCUGGUUUUUCCUGCCCAGCUCCCCCUGGAAGUUUCUGUUGUUUCAUGUGUAGUUCGUUUGUGCCCUGUUGACAUAAACGUUUCCUGGGUUUGCUCUUCGACAAUAAAAGGAAAGGAAGGUCACCCAGCCCCUUGGGGCCGCUCCUCUUCUUUCCCGCACUGGCCCCGAGCGGUGACCGUGCUCAUCUCCUUUCCCGCUUCACAGACGGAGCGGAUGGCACCUGACAUCCCAUCCCCCUCUGCCUCACAGAUCACCUCGUUCCCCCUUGCCCGCUGAGCCCUCACUCCUGCAGAGACCCCACUGAAGCUGAAGCAGUCUGACCGCCCCCGAGGGAGCAGAUCUGUUUCUCCGCCUCAUCCGCACGAGGGUUCAGAGCGUGUAGUCCCUUCCCCGGGAGCCCCUCCCUGGGAAGUCCAGCCAAGCAAUACUCUGCCAGCUCUGCCCCGGCUCACGGCUCUGCUGUGCCUUCGCCCUGGGCUCCCGGGCUCCCGUGCCCUUCAGAACUUCGUGUGGUGGCUCUGCUGAAAGAUGCAGUUCCCCUGCCUACGGGGCCCAGCACUGUGGCCAGAGUGCAGAGACCGCCCUGGGACGUGGAGAAGGCCCUCCACCCAGACCUCCCUCCCUUCCUCUUGCCCGUGAACAAGACAUGGUGGCCCGAGGGUUCACUACUGUCUGGUUUCCUUUAUUAUUGCACUGUGUGAGGUUUUUGUAAAUCCUUUAAUUUUUUAAUUUUUUUUUAGAAGAAAACCUUAAGCUGCAUUUGUUACUGGAAUGAUUAAUGCACUGAUGGGUCACGACUUCACCAAAGGCCAGCCUGGGGUGGGGGGAGACUCAGCUCAGCAGAUCCAGUUACUGCUCUGCUAGGCCGCGUACUGUGAGCCCCCCCUCUCCCCCAAAUCUGUGUCUCCUCCUGUGGCUGCAGGUGGUCUGCCUGGCCUUUCCCUCCCUGGUUAUAACCACGGAAACGAGAAGUCCCUCCCACAGCUCAGCCUUGAGUUCAUUGCCAAACUUCAGCCAACCUGCCAGGGACUUGGGAGUGAGCUAAGCAGGCAGAAGGUGGGACAGCUGCCUCCAAAACGCCCAAAUCUGUUUUGAAGGUGAGCUAAGGAGUCUCCUCACAGAAGUGCGGACAGGUACUGCGGUGGGUCACUCCUAAGUCUCCAAGGGGCACCCCACGUCCCUGAGGAGUGACAGGCUGCGACCUGGGUGGUUCUGUGAACACUGGCAGCCGCCUCUCCUGGUGGCACAGACACCUGUGUAACCAGAGUAGCUGCCAGCCUGGCCCUUGAACAGAACUCGGUCCCUCUGUUACUGUCCACCACCUUCAGCACAACCCCUCCUGGUUUUAGACCAGUAACGAGUUAGGGGCAGCCCUGGCAGCUGUCUGCUCUGCCCAGGCUCCUUUGCCGCAAUCCGGGCCCCCCCUGCUUGCCUGCAGAUCCCCGGCCACGCGGAGUUCCACGCGGCACCUGGAUUUCACAACACAACACAACACAAAUCUUUUAAUGAAUGUAUCUUUCUAAAGGACUGACGUUCAAUCAAAUAUCCGAAAAUACUAAAGGUCCAAACCUUGUCAGAUGAUAAGUUUUAAGUUUGAUUUGGGGUAUUUUAGGUUAAAAAGAUUUUUUUCCUUUUUUUUUUUUUUUUUUU